AUGAGCACCACUAACCAUCAUAAGGACUGGCGCUUACGGCUGAUUCUUCUUUGUUGUUUCCUUAAGACCCUUCAUGGCUCAAGCUGGGAUUCGUACCAGUCCCCUGAUUUUGUAGAGGAGACGGUGGGUAACUCCAUCACACUGAAAUGUCACGUCGCAAACAUCGGAUUUGAAAACUCCUGCGAGUCCAUCAUUUGGGCUAAAGUACACCCAAGGACUGGGGAAUUGGAUGUCGCAUACCCCGCGUCAGAUGAAAACGUUGAGGCAGCCAACAACGAAACGACAAAAUCAUGUGAUUUAAUAGUUACAGGCCAGAGCCAGGAGUAUUCUGGCAUCUACUAUUGUUGGGUUAAAGCAUCGACUUUAAGAAUUCAAGGAAAUGGAUCAACAGUGUCAUUCACAGGAACUUUAACUCCUUCUGUGGAGCUUUUUUCACCGUGGAACAGCAAUGCCUCCAGACUCCCGUUUAUCUGUUGGGCGAAAGGAGUUGUCCCAUCACAAGUCCGUAUUUUCUGGGUUUUGGAGGGGAGUGAAUACAAUGGACUCACUGAAUCUAUUUGGUCAAACAACAGUCACUCAGCAACUGAAUUCACUCAAAGUCGGAUUUGGUUCGCCGACUGGGACCUGGAACCUGGGAUGAAGUGCACGUGUGUUGUCAACAUAGGAGAGAGGAACAUUUCAAAAACCAUUCAAUAUCUGCCAGGAUCCGAUCCUAACAGCGCGUGCUCAGUUCUUGUGUAUGGAAUCUCUUUCACAUCACUUUUCAUUGUGGCAGGAUGGCUGCUGGUCUUUAGAUGUCACGGGCGAAGAAGUAAGAAAAUUCACAAAAUAAACCACAGACAAAAAUUCAGUAAACGUGGAACAGAUACUAUCAAAGGACCAUCUUGCAAUGAAGUGCAGUACUCCAGUGUGAACAACCUCCAUUCGCCAACAAGUGCUGGACUUCAAAUGGAUGAUGUGGCAGAAACCAGAGCGGAAAUUGCUUGUUUAGACUAGACGUGCCAACCAAGUCAUGUUCGACUGUUCAGUGAAUGACAUAGCCUAAGUGUGACCGCUGACCAGAAUGCUUUGCAAGCACAUGCAUCAUGUUAUUUGUUUUAUAACUGAGUCAUUGUUGACUUUAAUGUUAAGUAUAACGUGUAGUAAUAUCACCCAUAAACUGACGCUAGGGUGACUUACUGUCAGUGUAUAUGUUCAGUGCAGAGUCACCCUGGGCCAUUGUUGGGUAUAAAAACACAGUGCCUUCCUGGUGAGAGUGUUGUGUAAUCUGAAGCAUUGCUGUCCUCCACCAAUAAAUGGUUAGAUAU